CCCCGGUGCAGCCACACGCACACCUCCGGUGACUCGUCACUCCGCACUCACUGGAAGAUGGCUGCGGUGGAGCGGACCCCGGUCAGGGAAGGGAUCCGGAUCGUUUCGUUGUGUGUGUGCUGGUACACCGUCAGCUCUGGGGGGAACAUCGUCAACAAGAUCAUCCUGAACGGGUUCCCGUACCCGGUCACCGUCUCUCUGUUUCACAUCAUAUCCAUCGUCGUCUUCCUUCCGCCGCUCCUGCGAGCAUGGGGAGUCCCCAAAACAGAACUGCCGAGCAGGUACUAUCGCUGGUAUAUCCUGCCUCUAGCCUUCGGAAAAUACUUCGCAUCAGUGUCGGCUCACUUCAGCAUAUGGAAGGUCCCGGUCUCAUAUGCGCACACGGUCAAAGCUACAAUGCCUAUAUGGGUUGUCCUGCUAUCAAGAAUUAUCAUGAAAGAGAAGCAAACUGUAAAGGUGUACGUAUCACUCAUCCCCAUCAUUGGCGGAGUGCUGCUGGCCACAGCGACUGAGCUGUCCUUCGAUGUUUCAGGAUUAAUCAGCGCUCUGGCUGCCACACUCUGCUUCUCUCUGCAGAACAUCUUCUCCAAAAAGGUGUUGCACGACACACGGAUCCACCACCUAAGGCUCCUAAAAAUCCUGGGCUUUAAUGCAGUGAUGUUCAUGCUGCCCACUUGGGUCCUUGUAGAUCUCUCUGUGUUCCUUGUCAAUGGAGACCUGUCUGACGUCUCUGGGUGGACAGGUACUUUUGUCCUCCUGCUCAUCAGUGGCUUCUGCAACUUCGCCCAGAACGUCAUCGCCUUUAGUGUGCUCAACCUCGUCAGCCCGCUCAGCUACGCUGUCGCCAACGCCACCAAGAGAAUCAUGGUCAUCAGCAUCUCGCUUCUGAUGCUGCGCAAUCCAGUCACCCUCACCAAUGUCAUGGGUAUGAUGACAGCCAUAGUUGGGGUUUUUCUUUACAACAAGGCCAAGUACGAUGCAAAUAGGCAGAAGAAGCUGCUGCCGAGCUCCAAGGAGGACCUGGUGUCCUUUGACAACCCAGCACUGGAGAAGAUCCAGGGCAACGGUUCAGUGCCUUUUUCCCAUGGGUUAGAGCAGCAGCAGCACAGUCGGAACAACGUGCUGACUGAUCACUUUCAGUACAGCCGGCAGGCCUACACGUCAAACUACAGCAGCAACCACCAGUACGUGGUGUAAAGGAGGAGUCUGUCGUCGCGCUGGGUUGCCGUCAUCGACAUUACUGUGUGUGUAGCAGCCCUCCCUUCACCCUGCUUCACACUCGAGACUGAAGGCAAGUGCUGUAUGUUCUGACAGGAAGUCGAUUUUGACGGGCCAGUGACGUGACUGCUUCCACGCUCCUCCCUGUUUAAACUUCAUUUUUGUGACAGCGUUGCAUUAUGUCUCACUGUCCAUUUAUUACUUGGGUACUGACUGUGGGGGACAGUUUAUCAUUUUUAUCAGGCGCCUUUAGUGGGAAUGGUAGUUUACUGUUUGGAAAUGUCUGAAAGGUUUUGAUUUCACAACUCAACCCAGUCAGUGUUUUGGAUUUUAUUUUAGUUUGCAGGGAUGUGAGAUGUAAUCAUACUAUUAUACUUGAUGUGUGAUGUAGGCAUUUCAUGCUUCAUACUGUCAUUUUUCUUCAUGAGGCAUUUGUCUGGAUCUGAAGGCAAAACACAUUUUUCACAUUGUCCUUCUUUUUAAAAGGCAGAUGGGAUUUAAAUGAGGACCAUGAAGGAUUUCAGGCAACAGUCACUUGGAAAAGUCUUGAAAUAUGCGAUUUUGUAGAUUUUGUUUGUUGUUAUUUGAUCUGCCUGCAUGAGCUCAGUGCAGAGGUAUUUCAACAACUAUUCAAUGAGUUGCUAAAAACAUUUUUUCGACAUUCAUUCAUAAUUUUCAGAGAAUAAAAUCCCACUGUCCGUGAUUUUUCUGGCUCCGUUUUGGACCUGGUAUUAACGUCAGUCCUGAGAGAUCCAAUCACAAGUGGACAGAGUUGAGUUCACACCUGGUGUCUUGGAUGCGUCUUCUUCUUCGUGACCACAUGAGAUUGGAUCUGUCUUCACCCACGCUGUGUUCAAAUACAAAUGGACGGAAUCUCUGUAAAUCACGACAAAAUGUUUUUUUUUUACUGUACAAAUAAGCUGUCGAUGUGUGUUUCUGUGAGUGGAAGAAAAGAGUCAGGAUGAGCUGAGUGAGUGUGCUGCAGUAACAUGAGUUUCAAUUUUAACCUCUUACAGAAAAUAAAUCGGGAUGAUCAGAGUUAAUAUUGUGCUACAGAUAAAUAAAUGUAUGACCUCUGGUUAGUGGAAAAAAAUACAGUGGAACUACAGUAAGGGCAUCAGUGGAGGAGUAGGUCUUUAAUGCAUCCCGAGGCCAGAUUGCUCUGAUGCAUGCUCAGGACUGUGGCCACCUUGCACUCACUGCUGCCUGUGUGUGAUCGGAUCACUCAGGACUGAUGUUAAUACCAGGUCUUUUUAUUGUAACACCACAAGUUCACAAUUUCAAAAAUGUAAAUGCUUUGGUGUGUGAUUAAACUCCUGAAACACUCACGACA